UGGUCUCACUGAUAGCUCGAGAAUGGAGGAAGUCAUUUCAGCAAUGAAAGACCUGGAAGCUGCACUGUUGAUAGACACUGGACUAACAUCUACUCCACCACCACCUGUUUCUCAUUCCUCUCUACAAGCGGGCAACAGGGGAGGCGGUACCCCUGGGAUUUUAAUUCACUCUGUUUUACACCCAACACCUCAAAAACCAACAAGAUAGCAGCAAGACUGACCUAAUAGACAUAAAGAUGAGAGAGAGGGAGGAGGGUUGUAGGAGUGCUUGUGUGUUUGUAUGUGAUUUUACAGAUGAAUGGCUUGCUAUGUUAAAAAUUAAUUGCACCAAUUUCUGCACUCACUACAUAAAAGGGUGGCUCCUAAGGAUGCCGCCGUGUAUUAUGAAAAUAACUUUCUCUAAGUGAGGUUUUGGUGGGGGAAACACUCUCUCCUUUUUUUUACUGAUACUGAAGAUGAGACUGGUCUUGUUAUUGUAUGUGGUUUUACUCGCUUGGGAAGUCGAAAACCUGACGUGCACUUGCAAUAUUUGUGGUGACCAUACAAUUUGUGUUGUGGACUCUGUCAACAGUCACUGUUAUGCCAAGACCUUCGUUAAAGGCAACGAGACAAUAAUAGGAAAGGGCUGCUACAGCGACACUGAAAGCACUAUGUUUUGUAACACCUCAAGCAGCAGCUGGGCCACUGAGUGUUGCUCCAAUCAUUUCUGUAACGCUCGCCUUCGACCAGAGCUGCCCAUCACUAAUAGCACUACAGAAGUAUCCAUAAAACCAAAUCUCACUGGACCUUUCCCUGGCCCUUUUCCUGGCCCUACCACUGAAGAGCCUACAGAAAAUUUGCCUAUCAAAUGUCUCAAAUACAAUUCAAGAAAGCCUUUAAGAGGCAAUCGUGAAUGCUUCACUGCCAUUGGUAGCUGCUACCGACUUCAGAGACUGGACCCUGUUAAUAAAACUGUGCUAUAUUGGAAGUAUGGAUGCAUGGUCAACUGUAGCAAUGAAACCCGAAGGAGGGCCAUCUUAGAGUGCUGUAACACUUCAUCAUGUAAUAAUGAUACACAACAUCUGCCUGAAGAACCACCAGCACCAAUCACCAAAACACACAUUCGAACCGCCUCUUCUACAGCAACGACAGCUGCAUCUUCCACUGCAUCUAGUACAAGACACAAUGUCGUAUCAACUACUCUACUAUCCCCAACCAGUACUGAACUAUCUCAUUCUCAUUCUACUACAUCAAGAACUAACAUUCACAGUCCGACACCAAUCAUAACAAACAGUGGCGAAGUCAUUACAAUAGUAAAAGACUCAGAAUCUGACUCUUUCUCCUUCAUCCUUGUACCACUCUGUAUUGUCUAUCUCUUUGUGACGAUACUUGUUGUUUCUCUCGUCGCUGUGAUCUGCUACAAACAGAGACAGAUAAGGAGACUAGAGACUACAGUGAGGGUCAUGAAAGUGACACAGAAACAAUCUCACAGUGGCUCAAUGAGCAAUGAAAGAACUAACAGUACAAAUAAUGAUGGUAGUACAUCAGUAUGACAUAAACUUAUUCAUGUUAACAAAAUGUACAGUACAGGCAAUAAUGACAUCAAUCAAUCAAUAUACAUGGUACCUAAUCCAUCUAUUUUAUAUUUAUGACCAAUCUAUCACUUCCCUCACUUGCUUUCUCUCUCAGCUCUCUCCUCCUGUUUUUGUGUGUGUGUAUGAUACUUCUUAUUUUGUGCUACAUUUUUAAACACUAUUACUAACAAUUGUUGUCCUUAUAAAUAAAUUAAUAUCUUUUGAAUCAAAAACUCCUCCACUGGUAUGUAUGUACAUUGUAUAUUAUAAUGGGCCUCCAUUGAUUACAAAGACAAUUUACAAAUGCUUCAUCAA